AAUUCUUUUUUGUUUUUUAAUUUUGGUUUCCGGUAAACUGAGAAAAAAAAAAAGAGAAGAGAGGAGAGGAGAAAACCCUAGGGUGAUUAUCCUCGGGCUUAAUCAGGGGCAACGCAUCUUAGGGUUUGUAGAGAGAGAGAUCUGAUUGUUAGAUAGAGAGAGAGAGAGAGGGGAGUGAUGUCGGAUACUGAGAAAGAGAUCGAGAAUCAGAUUCUGGAAGCAGGGGAGAAGCUUAUUGAUCCACCUUCUUCACUCGAUGACCUUCUUCCUCUCCUUGACAAAACUUUCGGCUGCUUAUUAGAUGUUGAGCAGUCACCUGCUGCCUCAAUGCAGAAUGCACUCUCUCCAUUGAUGACAGCAUUAGUCGAUGGAAAACUCGUCAAGCAUUCUGAUGUCGAUGUGAAAGUUGCAGUCGCUGCCUGCAUCAGUGAGAUUACAAGAAUAACUGCUCCCGAUGCUCCUUAUGAUGAUGAUAAGAUGAAGGAAGUAUUUAAGCUGAUUGUAUCAUCAUUUGAAAAUUUAGACGAUAAUUCUAGUCGCUCCUAUUCCAAAAGGACCUCGAUCCUUGAAACUGUGGCCAAGGUCAGAUCAUGCGUUGUGAUGUUGGAUCUCGAGUGUGAUUCACUUCUUAUUGAGAUGUUCCACAAUUUCUUGAAGGCCGUAAGGGACCAUCAUACAGGGAACUUAUUUUCUUCUAUGGAGAACAUUAUGACACUUGUUAUAGAAGAAAGCGAGGAGAUACCACCAAAGAUGCUUUCACCAAUUCUACGUCAUGUUAGAAAGGAUGAUGAGGUUUCCCAAGUAUCACGAAAGUUAGCAGAACAAGUUCUCAGUAAAUGUGCUAGCAAGCUCAAAAAUUAUCUGACUGAAGCAGUUAAAUCGUCGGGUGUCUCUUUAGAUAAGUAUAGUAAGAUAGUGGCUUCGAUAUGUGAAGGGACAUUCAGUGCUUUGCAGCAAGACCAACUUGUUGAGAAUGAGAAAGAGGAUAGUCAAGGUCAUUUAACAAAGGAAGCAGAAGUAGAGGAUAAACAGGAGGCAGAAGUAAUUUCUACACCCGAGCGAACUGAUCCACCAAAGGAUGAAUCAAGUAAGUCAGGAGUCAGCAAUGGCAUUGCGCAACAAAAUGAUUCUUCUGUUGAUACUGAGUCUACAAAGAAGCUAGAUGAUACGAAUGCUAAAGAUGAACCUGAACAACUUGAUAAUCCUAGCAACACUGUCUUAGAUAAUUCUUCUGAAGAGAAGCCAGCUGAUACGAAUGAUAAAGAUGAGCCUGAACAACUUGAUAGUCCUAGCAACACUGUCUUGGAUAAUACUUCUGAAGAGAAGCCAGCUGUUGAACAUCAAACUCAGGAAAAAGAACCCACUUUUGACAAACAGGUGGAAUCAUUAUCAAAAAGUUCAGAUAUCAAGGAGACUGAGCCUGAAGCACUCUUGGAGAGCAAAGAUGUGCAAAGUUUGCCUCCUGAUGAUUCAUCUGUUAACGCUGCUGCUCCUGAAAAUGAUAAGGACACAAGUGUGCAGGCUUUGCCAUCUAAGACACCAGCUGAUGAAACUGCCAAUGUCAGUUCUCCAUCUAAAGCUGAAGAUCUUGUUGAGGAAAUCCGGCCUAAGACGACUGCAAACCAGAAGAAAAAGGAGAGCUCGACGAAGGAGGCCAAGCCAUCAGCUGCUAGUGCUACCGAAGAAGCUUCCGAAGAAACAAAGACUUCUGAAGCUAAAGUGACAAAAAAGUCUGGAAAAAAGGUUGCUUCUUCAAGUAAAGCCAAGUCUACUGUUUCUCCAUCAAAGAAAAGCACUUCUGAGACGAAAGCUUCAAAGCUGUCAGAGAAAAUUGCGGUUGAGAGUGAGAAUGUAGAAGAAUCCUCAAAGCCAAAAGUGGAAAAGAAAAAAACAGGACGUGGGAAAGCCAUGGAUGAUACUUCUUCAGGUGAUAAUGAAAAGCCAGCUGUUUCCUCUGGAAAGUCAGCCUCAAAGUCAAAGAAAGAAGUGAAGCAACCGAAAGAGGAAAGUCCUAAUACAAGCUCUAAGAGAAAACGAAGUCUAGGCAAAGAGAAAGCAUCUGAUCUCCAAAACCCUGACGGAAAUAUAGUUGGUUCGAGGGUCAGAGUCUGGUGGCCUAUCGAUAAAGCGUAUUAUAAAGGCGUGGUUGAUUCAUAUGAUUCGGCUAAGAAGAGACAUCUGGUUAUCUAUGAUGAUGGAGAUCAAGAAAUCCUGAAUCUUAAGAAACAGAAGUGGCAUUUUCUGGAUGAAUCAGAAACAGAGGGUGAAGAAGCUGCUGAUCAGACGGGUAAUGAGGAAGAAGCCUCCACAGAGCCCCAGAGAAAGAAAGCUAAGACAGGCAAGCAAACAAAGACGGGAUCAUCAGGGAAAAAGGGUGGUGGAGCUGGUUCCAGCAAGUCUAAAGCUACUCCUGCUUCCAAGUCCGGCAAGAAGUCCCAGGAUGAAAAAACAGAGAGCAAACCAAAGGAUUCAAAAGCGGCUAAAGGCAAAACAAAAUCUACACCUGCCUCCAAGGGAAAGGAAAGCGAUGUGGAGUCAGAGUCCGAAGAGACGACGCCGAAGGCACCAGAACCAGCAACAAAAGGGAAAUCAGUCGGUUCAGGCAAGUCGCAGGCAAGUCAGUCCAAGUCCGGUAAGAAGAGGAAGCGAUGAGUCUGGCUUCAGGAAAAGGGAUUACGUAAUUUACAGUGGAAAGCUUAAGCGCAGCGGUGUUGGUGGUUGCGGUGGCCGUAGAUUGGUGAGACUUGACGUUGUCUGGGCACUAGAAGUGUAGAAUUGUUCUUAUUUAAAACAAUAAGUGUAGUAGUGAGUGAGUGGUUUUCACUUAGGCUUUGAUUUCAGCUUAUGUAGUAGCGUUAAUGUGUGGAUACAUAAAGAUGGCUUUGGUUAUUUUCAUAUUUUUUUAAAAAAAAUUGCUUACCACAUUUUUCCUGUCAUCUCUACGUUUUGGAUUGUAAACAAUAAAUUUUCGGACACUUGAUCUAUUUUAGGUUGAUUUAUUUGUUUAUGAUAUUCAUAAUCAUAAUUUACAGUAUGAUUUUUUCA